AUGAAACGUAAGGCGAGUUCGGGGCCGCAAGGCCUAUCCGAAAAUGACAAUCAACUUGCAAAGAAACGGGCGCUUUCAAUCCAAGCGAUAGCUCCCUCAUUUGAAGAGGGCCUAUUGGAGAAGGAUACCCUCGAGAAGUACAAAGAAGCUUAUGCGAAAUCAGGCCCUUAUAAACAUGGCGUUAUCUCCCCGCUUUUCAACCAGGACCUCCUCCGCUCCGUUCGCAACGAGAUUCAAGAACACAUCUCAUUCACGGAGAAAGAGACGGACAUCUACAAGAUAUUCCAAUCGGGAGACUUGGCGAACUUGGAUGGGCUAGAUGAUGAAUCGCUCUCCAGGCUACCAUCUCUACUGAAGCUUAGGAACGCUUUAUACUCCGGUCCCUUCAGGGAGUAUUUAUCUGAAGUUACCGGUGCCGGAAAAUUGAGUGGUAGCAAGACUGAUAUGGCUGUCAAUGUUUACACCGGUGGAUGCCACCUGCUGUGCCAUGACGACGUUAUUGGAAGUCGACGUGUUAGCUAUAUCCUCUACCUAACUGACCCGGAUGUCCCUUGGAAGCCAGAGUGGGGUGGAGCUUUGCGAUUGUAUCCAACCACGACUAAAACCGAUGCCAAUGGGGAGGAAGUCAAAGUCCCACAGCCAGAUUAUACUGUUUCCAUUCCACCAGCUUUUAACCAGCUGAGCUUCUUUGCGGUGCAGCCUGGAGAAAGCUUCCACGAUGUGGAAGAAGUGUAUCACAUGGAAGCCAAGGGCAGCGAAAAGGAAAUCAAAGAAAGAGUACGCAUGGCAAUCAGUGGCUGGUUCCAUAUCCCACAGGAGGGCGAAGACGGGUACGAAGCAGGUCUGGCAGAGAAACUUGCCGAGCGAAGUAGUCUCCAGCAACUUCAGGGUGAAGGGGACGAAUUUGACCGACCUCAACCACAAUUCGUACCUUAUAAUCAAGCAGGAGAUGAGGACGUGUCUUCUAAAGGCAAAGACGCUGCCAAGGCAGGCGAUGAGGACGACGAUGAUGAAGAGUUCAACGACAAGGACCUUGACUUCUUACUAAAGUACAUCUCACCAUCGUACUUAACCCCUGACGUAGCAAGUCAACUCAACGAGAUCUUUGACAAUGAACGAAUCGUCAGACUAGAAAAGGUCCUCUCGGAUAAGUUUACUCCCCGUCUCCGUUCCUAUAUUGAGGACCAGGAGCAGGAUAAGAACGCACUUCCUACUUCUGCUGAAGAAAUUGAGCAAAAGACAGAUUGGAAGGUGAGCCGGCCGCCACACAAACAUCGAUAUUUGUACCAGCAAGCGUCUCUAGAAAAGAGCCAAGAUGCCCAAAAAACAAAAACGCCGAUUCAAGAGUUGCUAGAGGAUCUGUUGCCGUCACGCGCAUUUAAGAAAUGGCUCUCCGUCGUCACUGGGCUAGAUGAUCUUAUAGGCCACAAUUUGCUUGCUCGCAGAUUUAGACGUGGAGAGGAUUAUACCCUGGCCAGCGGAUAUGAAGGUGAAUCUCCCAGACUCGAAUUCACCAUUGGUCUCACACCCACGUCCGGAUGGGAGAAGGAAGAAGACGACGAAGAGGAAACAGAAGCCGCUGCCAGGUCAAAGAGCUCAGGCUCGGGCUCCAAGGUUGCAAAUACCAAAAAUCAGGAAACGGAAGCCAAGGCAGAGACUGGCGCAGAAGAGGAUUUAUCCGUUGGCGGAUAUGAAAUCUACAUGGCAGGUGACGAUGAUGAUGACGAUGAUGAGGCCGGCAAAGAGGCUGAGCAAGUUCUCGGCUCCACGGGAAGCAAAUCAAAAGUGAAUAAAUCAAAAGCCGAUCCAGCCAUCUACAAGUCCUCGACCAAUGACGAAGACGACGGAAUUCUGUUCAGCAUGGCGGCUGGCUGGAAUCGCAUGAGCAUUGUGCUACGAGACCAGGGCCCGCUCAAGUUUGUGAAAUAUGUCAGUCGUGCAGCCAAGGGUGGUCGGUGGGAUGUUACUGGGGAGAUUGAUGUUCAGUAUGACGAGGAUGAGGAUGAGGAGGAUGGUGGUGAUGAGUGA